UUUAAAUACCUUAAGAGGCCCAACUCGGUCGGCAGCCAAGUGGAAGGAGUCAUUAAUGCAUUGGAAACACCAGUUGCGAUCGCGAGCGCGCAAACUUAAGACCCAUGCGCAAGCGACUGGUGGAGGCCAUCCGAUAAGUGGAAUGACUCCAUUCGAGGAGCAAGCCAUAACAACAUUUGGGGCAGCAGCGGUGGAUGGAUUGCCGGGUGUUGCGACUUUGGGUCAUCAGGUUUUGCCGUUGUAUAUAAAUACACAAGCUCCAGCUUCCUCGCCAACACCAACAUCGCCUGCUCCAGCGCCCACACCAACAGUCGCAUCGCCUGUUCCAGCAUCUUCACUAGCAGUCACAUCGCCUGCUCCAGCUUUUCCUGCUUUAUCAAUAAAUUUUUCUUCCUCGCCUUCACCUCAUUUUUCUUCUUCACCAUCACCUCCAUCUUCUUCCUUAUCUCCUCCCAUAUUAUCUUCUCCCAUGUCAUCGUCUUCUUAUAUCCCUCCCGAAAAAUUGACUGCAGCGAAGAUGCUUGGAACAGUGCUAAAAAAAUUGGAGGACAGAGAAAAGCGAGAGGAGGAGGCCAUUGCUCUACAAAGAAAAAUUGUAGAGCAAAAUGUGCAGAUGGCAGGGGUGCUGGCUCAAAUGACACAGGCACUAACCUCGCUGUCUGAGGUUAUGGCCAAGUUGUCCCAAAAAUUGGAUAAAUAA